UGCAUUUAAAGUGACGCUUCGUUACGUUAUGCAAAGCUUCAAACCAACAAGAUGGCGAUUUUUAGACGACUGAUAUUAACCGUAGUUCUCCUCCACAGAUCAUGGUGUGCGGAUAACACAGGUGUUGUUAUUACGGUGGCCGGGGGCGGGAGAGCCCAUCACGGGGGUACGGCAGACUGUUUGGAUUAUCAGACUCCCACCAUGGACGGAAUAGGAACAGGGGCCAGGUUUAAUUACCCUUGGGGUAUCGUUUUCGACGCGGAAGACAAUGUACUUUAUGUGGGUGACUGUGGCUGCCCCGAAACGGUCCACAGCAAUGAUCGUUUAAGGAAAAUCAAUGUCACGACUGGCCGAGUAACGACAUUAGCCGGCAGUGCUCAGGGAUACAAGGAUGGGAUCGGUGAAAAUGCUAAGUUCCGUCACGUGUCAGGUAUAGUUAUGGAUAAAGUCGAGAGAGUUUUAUAUGUUGCCGAUAGCGGAAACGACCGAAUAAGAAAAGUUGAUAUUAACACAGCUAACGUAAUUACAUUUGCUGGUAGUGGGGAGUCUGGAUUCCUUGAUGACGUAGGACUCAAAGCUAUGAUGUCCAAUCCUCAACAACUGGAAUUAGACAGCAUGAAAAGGAGGCUGUUCCUUAGUGAUACGGAUAAUCACGCAAUACGGAUUAUCUCAUUACCAAACGGAGAAGUUACAACAAUAGCAGGUGGUAGUCAAGGAUUAAUGGACGGCAUCGGAAAAGAUGCAAAAUUUUAUCACCCAACCGGCAUCUCACUUGAUGUGUAUACUGGAACACUAUACGUGGCUGAUCACUAUAACCAUAUGAUACGAACAGUGGACAUAAAUAGUGGUGAAGUCGCUUCACUGGCGGGUGGGGGAAGAGAAGGAUUUAAGGAUGGUUUUGGAAAAGAAGCGAGGUUCAAUUAUCCUGAGGGGUUGUACUUUGACACCGAUUCUAAUUUACUCUAUGUUGCAGAGUUUGACAGCCAUGCCAUAAGGAUUGUUACCCCUGCAGGUGAAGUAAGGACGCUGGCCGGCGGGACUGAAGGCUUCAGAGACGGAGUCGGCAAGGAAGCGAGAUUUUUUCAUCCCACUGGGUUAACGUUUGACAAUAAAAGAAAAGUUAUAUACGUUACAGACCAGUAUAAUCACAUGGUGAGGAGUAUCACUGCAGUUGGUACAACAGUCGUAGAUCCCAAGAAAUCAGGUUUGAUCCAGACUCUUCGGAAGACAAGAGACACGCCAUAUUUAUUUGCAUGUUUCUUUUUGACUGUAAUCGUUCUUUUUAUCCUCGCGCUCUGGUUUCGACGGAGUUUGCGAUAUUUGUUUAGGAAAAGACAUUUUUAGUAAGUUAAAAAUUUUGGAAAUUCUCGCCCUUCAGUGAAACCUGCAUUAAUUAAGUUAGUUUAAAUUAAGAGUUAUGGUAAGAUUACACCCUGUGAAAAGCAGAGACCAGCUGUGUUCCGAUUUAUUUCUUCCUAUGUUCUGUAAAACAAUUUUGUAUUCAACGGUUACCUCUAUUAGAUGGACGCGGGCACUGAAACCCCAAAAUUAUCAAAACAAGGGGACGUACCAAGAAGUUUUACUAUAAAUCUCAUAAUUAUUAAGGAAACUGUUGAGUUUAACACUGCGUUCAGUUCACGUUAUUGAGUGUUACACGACCCAUAGUAAUGUAUCGAUAAGCCAUUUUUUAGCACAUACUACACGAGCACAUUGCACUUUGAAAAUUUGUUUUCGACCCGGCAUAUUUCUAAUUUGUAACAUAAUUUCAUUCUAGCAAACCGUCAUAGGCCUCCCUUCGCCUUUUUGCACGAUCAGUGUCGAAGAGAAGUGGUAAGAUUUGUUCGUUAUCGUUUAAACUUAUUACACUGGUACUAUGACUUAGCUGAAUCUAUAGCUUAAGGGGGCUCGUGGAAGGUUUCUCUAUACUUUCUGAGAGCGGAGCCAAAUGAUUGAGACGUUACAGCCUUUGUGUUUAAGGAAGAAGACCCAUUUUUUGAAUUUUUAUAGCACAAAUCAGAUAAAGAGCGAGAAAAUAAAACGCA